UGCACUGCACUGCACAUCCAACCAACAAAGAGACCGCAGGGAAAAAGAAGAAGAAGAAGAAGAAGAAGAAGAAGAAGAAGAAGAAGAAGAAGAAGAGCAGUUGAAACCCGUCUUCAGCCUCUGUUUGUAGUUUUCUGGGUCUGACCCUUCACCUUAUGGACUAGAUUCCUCUUCAGGGGAAUUCUGCGCUGUGGGAUCUUUUCUUUUUUUCCACUCCUCCUGUUCCUCUGGUUUUCCAUCACGAUGCAGGCACAGCUGGCGUGUAUGCUCAUCCUCUGUUUCACAUGUGGUGGACUUUGUUCAGAUGUUGACCAGGACCAACGAGUCCUAGAAGAGGAACUUCUCAGCAGUAUCUUCAAUUCUAAGAUGAAGCAGAAUAAGCAGAGUGCCCCCUACUGGCGCGUGUCUCUGGUCAACCUGUGCAGGAUGGUGAACAGUCUGAGGCAGGAGGCGUGGAGCGACGAGCAGGAGGACCAAGGAGAACUGACGGACAGGAGCAUCCCACUGCUGGAGGAGCUGUACAGUCUGCAGCACAUCUGUAGAGCACUACAGAGCCGAGAGGAGAGGCUAUUCCAGGACUCUCUAGAGUAUUUAGAGGACAACAGCGACACUCCGCUGAAGAGGAAAUCUCCCUACAUCCUGAAGAGACAAGCGUCACACACCACCAAGUCCCGGAGGCCGUACAUCUUAAAGCGGACUUCGGUUUACUGACAGCCAUCCCAGCGCCGCCCAGGCCUCCACACCCUGGAUUUCCUGUGAAGAUGUGAUUGUGUUUUGUUUCUCCUCUCUACUCGUAGCGGCUUUUUUUUUGUUUUCCUGUUGUUGUUUUAAUCUGAUCAGAACCUUCAUUGUGUGUCCAGAAAUGCCGCCUGCCUGUAUCCUGCUCCUGAAAAUAAAAUCCUGAGCAAA